AUGUCUGUUACUUUGUGGCGUACAAUCAAGAAUGCUUACAGUGUGGGAUUAAAGCGCUAUGCCUUCCAAAUAGCAACCAUUGGUGACACCAAAAGUGGUACUUUGAUUGGUACUGACGAUCAUGGCAACCAAUUUUAUGAAACCAGCAAUCCUGAGGAAAUCCACUUGAGAACUCGUUGGGUGGAGUAUGCUGACAGAAACUUCGACAUCUCCCAAGUCGAGCCAGGCUGGCAUUGGUGGUUGGCAUAUGGAACAGACGUUCCUCCCCAUCAAUUGCCCAAAGACGAAGUUGCUACCAGAGCUUAUCCGUUAAAGACCCACGCUGCAAACUACACAGCAACCCCAGGUGCUUAUGUUCCUUACAACACUGCUGUGCCAAAAUGUUCCAGUUGGAACCCACGGGUCCGUGAACGUUUGUGA